AUGGCACAAAACCAUUCUAACAGGGGGCAACACAACACGUCUAAUGAGAAUGGUGUUGUACCUCACGAGAGAUACCAAAAGUUAAAGCGAAGGGAUCUUGAAAAAGUUUCCAAAGAACUUGAUAGGUCUCGUAAAAGAGUUAAAUCGCUUAAAAGAGAAAAGGAGCUGUUGUUGGAUCGUAUCAGCCAGUAUGAAAAUGUCGACACUACAGAUUCAGAGAGGUCGGUAGAUCUCUCGUCCGAUGAGUCAUUAGAUUCAGAUGUAUCAUCGGCUCAGCAAUCUAGAGCUUCGUCUGUUCGUCCGUCAAAGAAGUCUCGUGGACGUACCUCAAAUAAAAAAUCUUCUACUCCUACUCCUGCUAAUAAUAUAGUGAACACUGUUCCAACUACUCAUGUUUCUGGUAAGGUCACAAAGAAGCGAGCUAGUAAACGUCCCCUCAAUGCAAAGACUAUGAAAGUCCAGCACGUUGAACAAGAUGAAAAAGGGAAUUAUAAACUUCCGGUUCAAAUUGGUAUAUUGACUGUAUUGAACCUUGGCACCGUUGUCUACGAUCGCGAUACUUUCCAUAAUGAAAGAUAUAUUUGGCCUGUUGGAGCAUACAAUAGUAUGAUUAAUCCCGACAACCAAACAAUGUAUGUUUGCAAAAUUGAAGAUGGUGGUGAAGGCCCAAAGUUUGUGAUUGAAGCGGAAGACCAACCCGACAAACCAAUUAUUGCAAACACGGCUACUGGAGCCUGGACUUCGGUUGUUCGCGAAGCCAAUGCCAUUCGUCAUCGUGAUCAUUCUAAUUCGGCAUCGGGUCCUGAUUAUUUUGGUUUUUCACAAGCCACCAUUAGGAAAAUGAUUCAAGAUUUACCUAACGCCUACAAGUGUAAAAAUUACGUUAUUCAAAAUUUUGAGUUGGCAGAAGAAAACGGGGGUGAAACAAACAGUAGCAACGGUGAUGGUGAUGUCGUGAUGUCAAAUUCUGGGGAAGGUGAAUUAGAGAGCGAGUGA